UGGACAUCAUCUCAAGCAGAAAUGUCAAAUUGAGGCUUAAACACCCUUGGGCUUCAAUGUCGCUACGAAGAUGCCCCCCAACGACUCGUCCGCUGCUCCCAUAUCGAACCGUGCAAUAAAGAAGAGAGCUUCGCAAGCAUGUCACCAUUGCAGGACGCGCAAGGUCAAAUGCGACCUUGUCAAGUCCGGGAUCCCGUGCCACAAUUGCGAGUCCGAUGGCGUUGAAUGCCUGGUCGUCGAAUCGAGGAGGAGCAGGAAAUAUCGACUUCAGAAGCGCCAGUUGACCGGCCUCGUCUCUUUGCCUCCGCUGGUUCAAGCUCAACCAAGAUCCGCAUCUGAGGAUUCGCCUUCAAUUGCUGGUAAGGAAGAAGAGGCGACCAAGGAAGCCGUGACCCAAUUCGAUCUCGAGGCUCCGGCAGCUUCUUCGGUCGCUGGCGGCAAGUUUCAAAGUCCUUCUGCUAUCUACGUAGGUCCAGAUCGUAGUUCGAGUCGCGUGAGCCAGCGACAUGCCCGCACCAGCGCCCCUGCGGCUUCGCCGGCCCAGCCGACAUUACACGUCGACCUUCCGUCGUACAUUCGACCACUCCGGCCGGGCAUCCAGGCAGAUGAUGUUGACCUCCUCGCCCGACGUGGAGCCUUGAGUCUGCCGGACGACGAGCUCCGUGACCAACUACUUUGCUGCUUUGUGCUUUACGUGUAUUCUUACAUGCCGAUCAUCGACCUUGAGGACCUUUUCAAUGCUCUUCAUGGCAAGGAGGACGCCCCGAAGGUCAGUCUUACGCUCUUUCAAGCGGUCAUGUUCGCCGGAAGUGCUUUUGUCGACCUCGAACUGCUUCAAAAUGCAGGGUACGAAAAUCGGAGAGCCGCCAGAGCCGACUACUAUCGGAAACUGAAGCUGCUUUACGACUUCGACUGGGACGUCGAUCGCCUUGCGCUCAUCCAAUCACUCCUGCUAGCGAACUACUGGUAUGUCUCCGAGAACGAUCAGAAGGACCCAUGGCACUGGCUAGGUAUCUGCAUCUCACUUGCAACGAGCAUUGGCUUGAACCAGAGGAUCACGUAUCACAAGAAGGACCAGAAAACCUGCCGGCUGUGGAGACGUGUAUGGUGGACGUGCGUUAUGCGGGAUCGUAUAAUAGCAGUGAGCAUGCGAAGACCGCUACGGAUCAAGGACGAAGAUAUUAACCUCCCACCACUUACGCUCAAUGACUUUGAUAUCCGACCUGUAAUAUCUUCCAUGGCCUCACUCCAUGACAGUCCGUUUCUCGUGGAUUUGUCGCUCAAGAAGAACCUCGCCGAGAUGUGCAUGGCUAAAAUCAGCCUCUUGCUAUCCAUGGGCCACAUCAUCAGGGAUCUCUACCACUUGCGGGUCUUUGGUGGCUCGACUGCUGAAGCCACCAUGCUCUACAAGCCUCGGGCCCAGGCAUCGCACAUCGAUCCAGAACAAGUGGCGGCGUUACAUAACGAGCUGGAUCAAUGGUACAGAAAUCUACCAGUCACCUGCUGGCUGUCACCUCUGUCUUGCGGCGAGAAUGUUCGCCGCUACGACGCUUGUACCGAGGAUGCACUAUUCUUGCACAAAGCCUUGCUUCGCAUGAUCUACCUGAUGGCCACUGAAAAUCUGCACCGACCUCAAAUGUUGUUGAAGGGCAUGUCGGCGGAUUCGACGUCAAAGGUGCAAGAAGCCGCCGAGGAAAUAGCUGACAUGGUUCAACGGCUCCAGGAGCGCAAUCUGGUCCGAUUCCUCCCGCCACUGUCGGUCAGCUUCAUGCUAUUUUCUCUUGCAGCUUUCCUGGUCGAGAUCAAGACCAAGGGCCGGAAUCUGCCCGGUCAACAAUUUCAUCACUGCAUCCGAGCUUUAUGGCAACUGCGAGAUAUUUGGCCCAUAGCUGAUUCCGCAUGCUUUCUGAUCGGCCAGAUGAUCACCAAGAGCCAGGUUGGGGGCAUUUCGACGCCCGGCAUUCAACCUACGCAAAUGACCUACGCUGAUGGUCCAAAAACAAGUAGCAUGCGUCAGCACAAGAAGACGGACGCGCCACGAUAUCCCAUGGCCUUGGUGGAUCACCAAGAUAUCAACGGAGAAGUCCUAAAAACUAGUAGCACUUCUUACAGACCAAUCAAUCAACCAGUCUCGGCCGACAUGAAUCACCCACCAGCAGAUCUAAUGCCGACCUCCACAUCGUUGGCAUUCCCCGACAUGAAUGACCCGACUCUAUAUGCCUGGACAGGAUCAGAGUUCGAUCAUCAGUACGGCGUCAUAACGAACGGUCAUGCUUUGCAAAUGGACUUUGCCUUUGAUGAUCUUGGAGGAGAUAUUCAGAACGGUCUAGGGAUGCUAGGCUUUGGACCAUCACCGGGUGACCUUGACCUCGACCUCGACCUCGACCAGAUUGCUGGGAUUGAUAUGCCGUAUACGUCGACCGGCCAACCACAUGCAGUCUUGACGGAUGACUGGACCUCGCAAGCACAAUCGCAGAAUCAAUACUUGGAUCAUUCUUCGUUCCAUGCUCCGCCAGCCGUGUGAGCCGGACAUGGUGCUUGGGCUCGCGUUGAGUUCUGGGAUUGGGCUGGAUUCGAUUCGUUAUAGCCCCAUGCGAGUGACUGAGUCUAGUCAUCGAGAACAACUCGAUCGAUGCUCUGGUCUUGGUUUGGGGGAAAUAGCCACGAGUCGACAACAUACCGCAACAGCACCGCAGGACUGUUAAAACAACAUUGGCUUGUGCUUCAGCUGAGGGGGCUCUGUUGACACCAGGACGUCCCUUCGUCUCCUAACUUAGCGUCCAGGCAUUGACGCUGGCUUUGCUUGUGGUCGGUGAUUCCGUGUCUCGGACUUGAUUCGAUUCGAUUCCCUCAAGCAAAUACAAUGCCAGUCAAUCACCAGCGUCAACGGAUGGCCAGAACGCCAGGUGUGUUCAAAGGAGAAGCCUUGCCUCCCAGCUUUGCUGUUCUGUGUGAAAGUGGGGAGUCGCCGAGAUGCCGGCUGAACCACGCGAAGAUACUGGCGACUGAACGUGGGUGUUUUUGAUCGUUGUUGAGACAAGCCACGCCACUGCAAUCAUUGCCUCCGUACGGAGUAUAACCACCUGGGGUACAUAUCCGGGUCCGCUGCAAGUAUCAACUUAGUGGCCUGGCUCAAACCCGUCGCGGUCGUUGCUGCGUGAAUGUUCUCGAGGGACCCGAUUCAUGCCUGCACUGUAUUGCACAUCACGUACCGCCUUGGCCUCGAAGACGGGAUAGGAGAAGGCGAUCGAAAAACACAUCAGCUAUCUGCUCCGCAGGUGAAAUGGCCGGCAGGAGCAGGCACGGACGUGAACAAAGUGCUCAUCAUUUUUAUUCCCAUUCUCAGAUUUCUCGUGUCAAAUUCAUUUCUUUCCCUAUACUCCGUAUCUAGGUAGUCAUUGCAGAGGCCAGUCC